GGCGGCCCCUUUGCCCACUCUGGGACAAUGCAGGGAGCAACAGGGCCCCGUGCAUGUCCGUGUCUCCUGUGUGUGUCCCUGUGUCCGUGUCCCUGUACCCGUGUCCCUGUGUCCGUGUGUUGCUGCGUGUGUCCGUGUGUCGCUGCGUGUGUCCGUGUGUCCCCGCGCCCCCCUUUGUGCGCGCCCGGGCGCGGAUUGUUCUGGCUCUUUGCAGGGUGUCAGCAGCGCCGGUGCUGAGCCAGGCCCUUCGCGCUGACUCACCCCACGCGCUGCUGAGCUGGCAGGGCCGGGGGGGGGGACCCGGGGGGCACCCACCGCCCCCCCGGCCCUGGGCCCCCCCCCAUAGCCUUUCAUCCUCCCUUUCAUCUCUGGUCGCCGGGGCAACCCCCCAAUGUGGUCCAGCUGGUUGCUAUGGCACCCAGAGAUGCUCUGAGCUGUGCCCCCCCCACCAAAGGGUUCUGCCCCACAUCUCCCCCCUCCUCACACCGCGGGGGGGACGGGGACGUGUCUCGGGUGCCCCCACACCGCCCUCAGCCCCACCGCUGCGCCAUGGCCAUCGGGGAGGAGCAGCGCAGCGGGUGCCUGUGGCGCGCGGCGCUGGCGGAGGCCGUGGCCACGCUGCUGUUCGUGGCGCUGGUGCUGGGCUCCUCGGCAGCCCCGGGGCCGCUGGCGCCGGCGCUGGGGGGGGGCCUGGCGGCCGCGGCGCUGAGCUGCACCCCCGGGGCGCCCCAGGCCAACCCCGCGCUCACCCUGGCCCUGCUCUGCACCCGCAAGCUGGGUGCCCGGCGCGCGGCCGCGGCGCUGCUGGCCCAGGGCUGCGGGGCCCUGCUGGCGGCUGCGGGCGCCCGCCUGGCGCUGCCGGAGGACACCGGGCUCGUCACCAGGGUGAGCGCGGAGGGGACGGCAGGACAGGCCCUGGCCUGGGAGACCUUGGCCACCAUCCCGCUGGCUUUGGCCACCUUCGCCACCUCCUCCCGGGCACCCCCCCAUGGCGGGGGGGGGCUGGUCCUGGGCAGCGCCGUGGCUGCUGGUGCCUUGGCUGCGGGGCCGGUCUCGGGGGGCAGCAUGAACCCCGCGCGCUCGCUGGGUCCAGCCCUUGUCACCGGUGUCUGGGACGACCACUGGGUGUACUGGCUGGGGCCGGUGCUGGGCUCGGUGCUGGCCGGGCUCUGCCAUGAGUUCCUCCUGGCUCCCGGCGCAUCCCGGGACAAGCUCCGGUCCUGCCUGGCCUGCAGGGACGUGGCGCUGGUCGAGGCCACCAGCCCGGCCCCUUCCUCACCCCCCACCCACAGCCCCCCGGCCUGAGCCCCCCGCACCCCAUAGGAGUUGGGGGUCCUGGACCCCAUCACCGCAUCCCCCCCCCAGCCCAUCACCGCCGCUUAUUAAAGCUGGUUUUAGGUCCGAG